AGAUUUGAAACAAAUAUUGUGUUUCAGUUCCUUCCUCUGUACAUUUCUUGUUCUUGUGGUCAUUCAAGUCAGAGUUGAAGCAUGGAAGAAGAUAAGCUACGUUUGGCACUCAGAAUAGCUGGGAAUGUGACUUCUGUGCUACUUUAUGCAGCUCCCAUAAUAACUUUCAGAAGGGUGAUAAGAAAGCAAAGCACCGAGGGAUUUUCUUGUGUCCCUUAUGUUGUUACUCUAAUGACUACUAUAUUGUACUUUUGGUAUGGUUUGCCCAUUGUUAGCUACAAGUGGGAAAAUAUCACUGUUGUCACCAUUUGUGGUGUAGGGGCACUGCUUGAGUCUUCCUUUGUUCUCAUUUAUUUUUGCUUUGCUUCACCAAAAGGAAAGGCAAGAAUAUUAACCAUAAAAUUUUCAAAAAUGCAGAGAAUUGUUAUUCUAAUGGUGGUCGGUCUGAUCAUAGUGAUCUCGAUCACCAUAUUAGUCUCGGCGUCCAUAUUGCGUGAUCACCAUCACCGGAAGGUUUUUGUAGGGAGCAUUGGACUUGUGGUCGCUACCGCGAUGUAUGGUUCCCCGUUGGUGGUUGUGAAGCAAGUGUUACAGACAAAAAGCGUGGAAUUCAUGCCGUUCUACUUAUCCUUAUUUUCAUUCCUCAGCAGUUCACUCUGGGGACCAUAUGGACUAUUGGGCCAUGAUCCUUUCAUUGCGCUCCCAAAUCUAUUGGGUUCACCCUUAGGCUUCUUCCAGCUUGUGAUAUACUGCAUUUACCGGAAAAGGAGAACUCACCAAAAACCGAUCAGCGAAAUUGAUUUAGAGAAGAAUGGUGAAAUUAAAAAGAGUAAUCAGUCCAACUGAAGCUGAGAAGCGCUUGAGUUUUUAUUAUGUAUCAAAAUAACAGUCACACUGAAUAGUGCUAGUAAUUUUCG